AUGGUCACGAGAUUGGUCAAGAGGGUCCUGUUCUUCCCCAUCCGCGUCUUGAGCAGGACAUAUUGGGUAAUAACAGCAGCAACAUCAGUGCCGGAUGCGCUCCCAGUUGGUGGCUUGAGCGGUGAACGUGCGUCUGGGUUGCUGUUCGCGCUCCGACAGGUUAUCGAAAGAGAUCAGGAUGUAUGUGUUGCCGUGCAAUGGCUGACAUCCUUGCAGCUCGCCCAGAUCGCAUCAGACAGGCUGCUGCACGAUGUGGACGCAGCGGACGGCAGUCUGAGCUUCUGGUCGGCGCGGCUGAAGGGCGGCGCGCACCGCAGCUUCCUCCUGCUGGGCCGGGGGCCGACCUCCUUCGUGCUGGACUGCGUGGACUUUCUGCGAGGCCAUCCACGGCGCCGCCUUGGGGCCCUGAAGCAGCCGAAUGCCACCGACCAAAAAGAGCGGCGGCAGGUGAUACUGCUGAGGGCGCUGCGCGAGCGGCUGUGCGAGGCGCUGGCAAAGGCGGAUAAGGCCUCGCUUGAACGCAUGCUGCGCGACUUUGAGGCCGACUUUGGCAAGGCCUCCACGAAGGUGGAUCCGGAGAUUUCGGCGGCGCUGGAGCGGGCGGGGGCGGAAGAUAAUAACGCGACGGCGGAAGGGGAAAAAGCCAGCGAGGGGAAGGGUGAGGAAGGCGACGAAUUGCUGCCGGGCAUGGCAUUCAUGAUGAGCUGCUACGAGGAUGAACUGAAGAAGCCCAUUCGCAACAUCGUCAACGGCUCGCUGCUGCGUGCCAUACUCAUACAGGUGCAGAAGCUGAAGCUGGACACGGAGAGCGCGAUGCUGGAACUGGAUCAGAUUCUGCGCGCGAAUGAGCUGACGGUGGCGGUGGUGGCCGCGGUCCCCUCCCUGCUCAUCGCCGGGGGGACUUGUUAUGCCCUCUUCAGAUGGCUCACCCCCUCGCCUCCCGACCGACGCAGCGAGGCCCUCCCUGCCAGGAUGGCGAUGGUCGAAGUUGAGCGCACAAUCCACAAGCUGGCGCAGGAGGGAACACCAGAACUGCAGGGCGAGGUCGUCUGGCGAGUCGCCAGGGUGUACUGGGAGACUCGAGCACUCUACAGAAGGCACACAUCCGGGCUGGGCAUAGUGGGAUUGACAGUGCAGUCAGAGUGGCCCAAUCUGCGCGCAGAUUUGUUAGAGCUGGUUGCCCCAAACCCGCCCAGGGCCAAGAUUGAGACCUGCCACCGAAUGCAGCGUAUUUACUCCCUCUUCCAGCCCUGA